UUCAUUCGUCACUUCUAGUAUUUUACAACUUCAACUUCCUUCCUCUUGACCGAGCUUCGCUUUCCAUACCCAUGGCGCUCCGUGCUCUCUUCACUAAAAAAGUCCUAGCUUCAGGGUUUCAGACCGAAGCCAAAGCCCUAGCGUCUGGAAUCUCCCAAUCUCGCGGCUCACAGACAUCGCUCCCUAACCCCCCUUCCGACUAUGGCCAUCUCCAUCCCCAGAAAUCCCCACAGGCUAAUCCCGGAGGUCAUUUCAACCACUCAAUUUUCUGGAAAAAUCUUACUCCUACUCGUGAAGCUGGUGGUGAACCCCCUCAUGGUUUGGGCACACAUUUCGGUUCCCCAGAAGCGAUGUUGAAAAAAGUAAAGGCAGAAGGUGCUGCUUUACAGGGCUCUGGAUUGGCAUACAAGAAGGUUAGACCAGACUACUGGAAAGUUAUGAGCUGGAAACAUGCUGGUACAAUUCAUGAGAAAGAGAGCUUUUGUAGGACUUAUUCAAGUUCGUCAGCGGCAAUUUCUAAUGAUGAUGAAAAAACUACUAGCAAUGUCCUUCGCCCCCUCUCUCCUCAUCUUCCUAUAUACCAGCCGCAGCUCAGUUCGAUGGUUUCAAUUUUCAAUAGAAUAUCCGGGUCUUACCUAACUGCUUUUAUAUUGUUUAACUAUCUUUCUGUUAAAAUAGGGUGGGUUAGCUUCACCAGUGAUUAUUUCUACCAAUUUAUGUUCUAUUCAUCAAAGCUCUUUCCAAUAUCCGUCGAGAUUGCAGCAUUAGCUCUGUCCUACCAUGUGAUCAUUGGGAUUCAACAUUUAGUGAAGAGGGCUUGAUUGCUGUGGUGAACUCCUUUAUUUUCCAGGUGGGGUCAUUAUUUUAAGUGCUUGAGCAGGAGUGCUGUGGCUAUGCUGUUUGACGGGUUGAAUAUUAAAUAAAUUGAACCUGGCCGAGGACCUCUUUUUACGGCUGUUUAAUAACCCGUGCGUUUUAUGUAGGAGAAUUAGAGUACAAUCUUUUGAGCAUUUUGUUUUAAUUCCACCAUGAUGGUGUGUAAUACAUCUGUGACAUUCCUCUGUAGACCAAUAAAAAUGUUUGGAGGUUCGUUAA